GCCUAGGUAGUGCGAAGACACAGCGGACACGCUACUCGCUUAGUCGAAGCGCUUAUUUUUUCGUCUUUCUGGAAUAAUAACUGUUGACAAAGAUAGCGAUAAACUAGGUGUAAUGUGUGAAACUCUGGACCUUGUGCACUGAAGCGGAGGAGACAACGAGUAUUUUUCCAUCCUGAAAAUGUGAAAUGAUGCGGCAUAUGAAUUAAUGAUGGCUCUGUCACCGCAGGAACGAACAUGGGUGCAGUUGCAAGAGAAUUUUCGCAGAAAGCGCCAGGCACAUACAGGCAGCCGGCAACUGGACCAGCAAGGAAGGCACUACGGCAGGUACAAGAAGGCCCCAACGGUGCCAUUGCCAAGGAUUGUUGAUUCACCCUCUGAUGCUCCCUUGCGUGGGAGUCACUACCCAGUUAUACCCCCAGUGGCUAAUGAUAGAUUUUACAAUGAUGAUACCUUCAGUCUGCAAAGCUACAAUUCAGACGUGGGCCAGUUAGAGGACUUUGAUGACAGUCAUGUAUACUCCCCACCCCAACUGCAGAGUCCCACCUUUUCAUAUAGUGAAACAGCUAGGGGUCGCCAUAGAAAACCACAGGUUCACCGUGACCCUUGGAACUCUUCCACUCGAGUCAGAGGGGAGCCCAGGCCAUUCAUGGACCACACUUCUCACCUGAUGGCAAGACACCAGGAUACAAAUGUGGAUGGGAGCAUACACAGACGCAGGGGGGCAGGGAGGGGCCCCAGGGUGGGGGGUUUUCAAGGCCGGCAUGUUUGGAAGGACCUGACCAAAGAGGAGCCGGCAGAAGAUGAGUCUGCAACUGUCGUGCAGAGACACUUUAGGGGCUACCGUACAAGAAAGGGCCUCAGGUUGCUGCACCAUCUCCAGAACCCCAGCUUCGCCGUCAGCUUCAUGCAUCACUUCUUGAAGGAUGCCUUGCAGAAUGACCUGAUCCUGGACAUCGCUUGCGAGGUGCUGGUGGAGGAACGCCAACAGGUUGUGCAGGCUGGCCACGCCCAGGUCAACAGGCUUGCUAUCAGUAACACCCCAUCUCACGAUUCAAGACACUGGGUGGAGGCUUUGCAGCGUCCAGACAUUCCCAGGCAGGUUGCUGCCGGCCUCAUGAAUGACGUUAUUCAGGAGGAGUCGCGGGUUGUCGUCUUGCAUGGGGUCAACGAACUCCUGCAGGACUACUUUGAUACCAAAGCCGUGGCCGACGCCACCCGGAUCAUUGUGACAGAAGUCCUGAUGGAAAUGAUUCCGGGUUCGUUGGAAGAAUGCCAAGAGGAGCUUGCCAUGGAGACGGUAGUGGACGACAUCAUCGAUGGAGAGAUGCUGGUUUUGGUGGGUGGGUUCCUGCAGGAGGCCCUCAUGAGGCGAGGCUUGCCACUGGACAGCACUGAAGAAGAGGUGGAAAUGCAAGAGGUGGCCAGAAUUGCCGAAAGUUCCCUGUUGGACGCCAUUUUGCUGGAUCAUUUGUUGUCAUCGGUGAUAGUGAAUGGACAGAAAUGGAGCUACGCGCAGCCUGCUGACUGGUUCCUGGAUGAUCAAUUAUUAGAGAUUCUUCUUGGCCAGUAUGUUGGUGUUCUCCACAAUCGGCGGGCCACUGAAGAAUGCGUACCACUCAAGAGACUCCACGAGAAGGUCGUCACCGAUGUGGCUCUGGAUGCAAUUUUCGGCGAGCUGAUGGACCAACUUGAGGAAGAUUUACAAGACCUUGAUGAGUACGAGAGAGGGUGAAAAUCGUCUGAAAUUAUAACCCUGCAGAGCCUGUAAAGCCACUUGUGACACAAUAAGUAACUGCAGAUAAAGUGCAAAGUGCCUUAGGCCCUAAUGAGAGGGAAAUGAAAGGAGUGGUGUGCAGUAGAGGUUUUGUAUAAACUCAAGAGGUUUUGUAUUAUAAUGUGUCACUAACUUGUGAGUUUUAAUUUCAUCUCAAAUGAUGGACGUUUUUUGGUUCUCUGAUGACUGGGGUCACUUCUUUUGAAGAUGUCACUCUCAGCCACAUUGGACUCAACGAUAUCAAAGUACAAGUACAUUAUUUGUCACAUCAUGGAAUCAUUGUUUACAGAAUUCUCAAAUGGCAUGCCCUCCCUACAAAUUGCUACGUGCAUCGGCAUUUUGGACGCGACAGGAAAUUAUCGUGAUGCGCACACGCGACUGAUGGCGUUGAAUAAGGAGUUAUACGUGUAAUUUUCCUAUACGAAGAUGGCGUCCUGUGAGAAAGAUCUAUACCAUUCGUCUCAUUAACAUUCAUUUAUACAUUCAUUCAUGUAUAUUUAAGUGUAUUUUGAUAAAAAGGAUAUUAUAUUAAAUGCCCUACUUAAGCCCAUAAUAGGAUCCUAAAAACCGAACUUUUCUUUUAAACUAUUCCAAGCGUACUGCUUUUGUAAUGAACAGCAAAUCUGUUGGAUGCAAACUGCAUGCGCGGUUUUAACCUUCAGAACAUGGGCCAGUCAUUAGUAAGCAGGACAGUAACUUGUUAAACAGAUCUACGCUGUUUGUAUUUUAAUAAAGAGAAAGGUGUCAUUUUCCGUGGCUUGGCAUUUCAGCCAGCCAUUUGAUUUUAUUCCAAAGAAAGAAACGAUUGAGCAUUUGUGGUUGAAAGCAUGGAUAUUGCAGAAGGGGAAAAAUUGUACUCGCCGUCGCAACGAAAAUGUUUAACUUACAGGUAAUGAAUAGAUUUAUCGGUAAUAGAAUUAUUAUACUUGCGAGUAUGUCACUGCAUUAUUUCUCGAUUUUUCAAACUUCAGGCGGUCAGUUUGUCUUUAAAUUUUCAGGGUAUUGUAGUAAUUUUAGUGAAAUAUACUGAAUCGGCGAGGAAGCAAGCGAGUACAGCAUGAGGCAAAAUAAAACUAAACAAAAAGGAA